UGUAAGUUGUAUCAUUCCGAUUUCAUAUAUAAGACUGAGCUGACUCACUGAAAGUGGCACUUGAAUCCGCCACUUGAAAGAGACAGCCUUGUUGAACAACACAAGACCAGUUUCUCAGCUUCAAUCUGAUCUUAGCGUGUGUUCCAUCUAGUUAAGUCUUACGUUUGUAUCAGCAGCCAGCCGGCCAGUUCAUCAUGAAUAGGAUUCUGGCUAGCAGAGAAUUAAUAACCAGAGCGCCCAAAACAGCCCUCACUUGGUUUACUUCUUCUAAUCUCUCAAGAUCUACGCAUUCUUUACCCUUUGCAACUGUUGAACCGGAAGAGAUAUCGGGUUCCCUGCCUGCUGAAGUACAAAACAUAGUGAAGGGUAAAUGGACGAAAUCUUCUACAUGGAACACUAUUGUGGAUCCAUUGAAUGGGGAACCGUUCAUUAAAGUUGCUGAAAUUGAUGAAACAGGAAUUCAGCCCUUUGUGGAGAGCUUGUCCAAGUGCCCCAAACAUGGUCUUCAUAAUCCUUUCAAAUCACCAGAGAGGUAUGUUAUGUAUGGAGAAAUAUCUGCAAAAGCAGCUACCAUGCUUUCUCUGCCAAAGGUUGCUGAUUUCUUCACUAGAUUAAUUCAAAGGGUUGUUCCAAAGAGCUACCAGCAGGCUUAUGGUGAAGUUUAUGUAACUCAAAAGUUUCUAGAAAAUUUCUCUGGUGAUCAGGUCCGGUUCCUUGCAAGGUCUUUUGCGGUGCCUGGAAACCAUCUUGGCCAGCAAAGUAAUGGUUACCGUUGGCCUUAUGGUCCUGUUGCAGUAAUUACACCGUUCAAUUUUCCACUAGAAAUUCCCGUACUUCAGUUGAUGGGUGCACUUUAUAUGGGUAACAAACCAAUUCUAAAAGUGGACAGCAAGGUAAGCCUUGUUAUGGACCAAAUGUUGAGGCUGCUUCAUUAUUGUGGGUUACCAGUAGAGGACGUUGACUUCAUCAACUCUGAUGGGAAGACAAUGAACAAACUCUUAUUGGAGGCAAAUCCAAGAAUGACCCUCUUCACUGGUAGCUCAAGAGUAGCAGAGAAGUUGGUUGCCGACCUGAAGGGACGUGUUAAAUUAGAAGAUGCAGGAUUUGACUGGAAGAUAUUAGGGCCUGACGUUCAUGAGGAGGAUUAUGUCGCGUGGGUCUGUGAUCAGGAUGCAUAUGCAUGCAGUGGUCAGAAGUGCUCUGCACAAUCAAUUCUUUUCAUGCAUGAGAACUGGUCUAAGACUUCACUUCUAUCCAAAAUGAAAGAUCUGGCUGAGAGAAGGAACUUAGAAGAUUUAACAGUUGGCCCUGUCCUAACAUUGACAACUGAAACAAUGCUAGAUCAUGCGAGUAAAUUGCUUCAGAUACCAGGUUCAAAGCUACUAUUUGGGGGUGAACCUUUAGAGGAUCAUUCCAUUCCACCUGUAUAUGGUGCUAUCAAGCCUACAGCUAUCUAUGUUCCACUUGAAGAAAUGUUGAAGGAAAAUAACUAUGAACUUGUUACAAGAGAAAUUUUUGGGCCAUUUCAGGUUGUCACUGAGUAUAAGAAAGAACAACUGCCAUUAGUGCUAGAUGCUCUAGAGAGGAUGAAUGCACAUUUAACAGCUGCUGUCGUGUCAAACGACCCCUACUUUCAACAGGAAGUUCUUGGCAACACAGUUAAUGGGACUACUUAUGCUGGACUGAGAGCAAGAACAACUGGUGCUCCACAGAAUCACUGGUUUGGACCAGCUGGAGAUCCGCUGGGUGCUGGCAUUGGGACCCCAGAAGCAAUAAAGCUCGUCUGGUCUUGCCAUAGAGAAAUCAUCUACGAUGUCGGUCCAAUGCCAAAUCAGUGGGAAAUUCCACCUUCUACAUAAAGUCACAAGGGACAGAUUCAGAAGAGAAGAACACGGCAGCCUUGAGUUUACUAUGUGAGUGAGAACAAGCAUGUAAUCAUAGGAUCAAUUACAUCACUGUUGCAGAACAUAACUCUGGCUAUCUUCUGAACUUGGGAAUAAAAGUGGUUUUCUAGU